AUGGCGCCUUUAUCUGACGAACCGGACACUAAACCCGAGGAUGACAAAGAUGACAAGGAAGAUGAAGAAGAGGAGGAUGAGGNNCCUCUGGGGAAAUUGUUCCUCUCCAUUAACGACUUCAACCUCAAGAACCUUGCAGUGGAGAACUUCGAACUCACCUACUCCGAAGAGAAGAAGAAAUUUCUCUUCAAGCCUGGUUUGCGACUCGAAGUGGACGUGCUGUUUAAGGACAGCCUUGCAUGGGUUGGUGAUGCCUUGAAGAAGUUCUUUGGUCCUAACGACCCUCCCAAGUCCCUUCAUUUAAGUGUCUAUUUGGCAGGCAAUCGCGAUUGGUCGAAAGGGCCUAAGAUUGACAACUUGGUGCUUCAAGGAUACUUUCCACCACUUGCUUUCAAGGCUUGGGAUCUUCAGAACUUUAGGACGCUGGGUAUUGAGAUUACAGCUACCAAAGCGGCUAAGAAUAAGCCAUCGGAAGACAAGCUAGAAGGCGAUAAGCCCGAGGAUGAAAAGAAGGGUGAGACUGAUGGCGAUUACGACACUGGCAGCAGAGAUGCCGAGACGGUUAAGCUUAGCAAAUAA